CGAGACCGCGCCGGGCAUCUGGACAGCUUGUGGACAUGCAUUUACUUGUUCUUGUUUGAGCAGCAUUAAUUCUAGGUCGCCAAAAUGUCUGCGCUUUUCAACUUCAAGUCCCUGCUGCUCGUCAUCCUGCUCUUAAUCUGCACGAGCACCUAUGUCCACCACUUUACGCCCGGCAUCAUGGACCGGAACAAGAACGGUGUCAUGGGUAUCUUCUGGAAGUGUGCAAGGAUAGGGGAGCGACUAAGUCCGUAUAUAAGUAUCUGCUGUGUUAUCAUGGCUGUGCGUGUCCAUGCUGCUCAGCUAAUCCGCUCUACGCAUUACAAGAGGAAAAGAAAAAUGGAAACCCGAAUCGUCAUUUGGAAACAUGCAUUUUAGACAGCUCGACCCUGGGAGUUUAAGCGAAUGGAUGAAGCCUGUCCAGGGAAUAUUUCAUCCCAACAUUACUCGAUAGACAUGCGAUGGCGCCACCUCAAAAGGGACGAAAGAAUUAAUGAUGGAUAAGU